AUGGUUCAGCCGGCGGGGGACGGCGUCCAGCUUCUCUAUGCCUCGAUCGUGCUGCUUGUGCUGACUUGGCUGACGUUCAUUCUACGAAUGUCAGUGCGAGUUUGGCGAAAUGCCUCGGGCUGGGACGACUUGUUGAUGUUUAUAGGCCUUCUUCUCUUUACGGUAACAGCUUCCCUAUGCAUUGUCUGCUGCUUCCUCGGAUCUGGUCAGCUUGCUGUCCAUCUGAGUAAGAGUGAUAUCAUGCAUGGAACCAAGAACUUUUUCAUCGCCGAAUUCUUUUACUCCUCUAGCACUGUCUUCAUCAAGAGCAGCAUCGCCAUAACGCUUUACCGAAUUGCCGACGCUCGCCGCCGUUACAAGUGGACUAUCUGGGCCGUCAUAAUCGCCACGAGCAUUUCCGCCAUCGUAUUCAUAGUCGGCAUUUCCAACAUUUGCCAUCCCAUCACCACUCUAUGGGGCGAAACUACUACCGGCACAUGCAAUCUCGAGCUGAAUAGCGACGUCAGUUUCUUCUUUUCUGCCAUCGAGAUUAUAACGGAUUGGACUCUGGCAAUUUUGCCUGCGGCCUUGUUGUGGAAAAUCCAGAUGAAACCCACGGUUAAGUUUUCAGUAGCCAUUAUUCUUGGCAUGGGUGCUUUUGCAAGUUGCGCGACAAUCGUCCGACUUCGCUAUCUAACUCUCUACAGCAACCCCACAGAAUUCAUGUUCGGAACCGGGAAGAUCGGCCUCUGGUCCGUUAUCGAAGAAGGCAUUGGCAUCAUCGCAGGCUCGCUGCAUGCCCUUCGUCCUCUCCUCUCUCUCCCCAUCUUCGGCGGCUCCUCCAACCGCGGCACGUCGGGCUCAUCUUCGGCGAACAAAUUCAUGUCGUCAAGGAGUGGACAUCAAGAUAGGCGCGCGGACAUCAAUAUGGAUACGUUCCAUCAGCUGGGGGACACAGAUGGGGAUGGGGAUGGGGAGAGCUCCAAACACAUCUUGAAGGAGACGAAAGUCACAAUGACAAGAAGCAACCGAGCUGCUUCACCAGGAGCAUAUGGCAGGAGCCAGGUCCUGGGGUGGAAGCAGAACAACUAUGAGACCUGA